AUGAUUCAGACAACUGAAGAUUUGUGUCGGAAACUUCAGAGCCUGGAUAAUGAAUGGAGCAAGAAAAAUCAUGAUGUUGAAGAAUGUCUCAAACGAGUUGAAGAAAUAACUUCUGGAUUAAUUAGAUGUGCAUUCUUACCAAAAAAUGAAUCCGAAGCUUCUCGACGAGAGCUUCUUGUUGCCAGAAGUACACUGGAAAUCGCAACUAUGUUGUGUACCGAAAAGCAGGAUAUUCCAGCUUUCGAACAUUAUAUGUCUCAGCUAAAAUGCUACUAUUAUGACUAUAAGUCGAACCUACCUGAUUCACCUUAUAAGUACGAACUUCUUGGGCUAAAUCUACUAUUCUUGUUGUCGCAGCGUAGACUGGCUGACUUCCAUAUUGAGUUAGAGCGACUCACAAUAGAAGAAAUCACUUCCAGUGUAUAUAUAAACCAUCCGGUUUCUAUGGAGCAGUAUUUAAUGGAGGGUAAUUUUCACAAGGUCUUCUUGUCCAAAGGUAACGUGCCGUCCAAGAGAUAUGAUUUCUUCAUUGAUAUAUUUUUAAACGCAACCAGAGAUGAAGUUGCCUCUUGCAUAGAACAUGCAUAUGAAACCUUGUCGCUCAAAGAUGCCACUCCUAUGUUGUUUUUUAACUCCACUGAAGAAACAAAACUUUUCGCAGAAAAGAGAACAUGGAAUUUAGUAAAUGGUACCUUUCACUUCCCUAAACAUAAGAAACGAGCAGAUGACUCCAUCCCAUCAGCACACGUGACACGGGUAA